ACAACCGUCUUCUGACAAACCCACUGUCCUUUAUAUUCCUGCUGACUCUGCAUUCACCUUCACUUCUCCUUUCCGCCCUUGGCAUUUCCCCCCGGAGGGUCGCAUGCUUGGUGCCGUCUUUGCGGACCCCCGAAAACAUUCACGUCUGCCCCCUUCGCAUAGCACAAACAGUACAGCACUAGAGCGAACGACGACAAUUGUCUCCAGGAGAGCCUGCGAAUAACGAGCUUCGCGACUGGCUGGGUCCUGUAGCGCAUCAUGGACGACUGGACGUCGAAACAGCUCCCUGAGCGCCUUCCCUUCUCCAAGAAGCGCCUUCCCAAGAAGGUCAUCUUCUCAUAUAUCGGCGACUACCUCAUCAUAGUUGUUCUUAUGUUGACCUUCUCCAUUGUCGACAAGAUCCCGCCCUUUCACCAACACUUCGCCCUCGAAAACUACACUCUCCACUACCCUUUCGCCGAACAUGAGCGCGUGCCCGUACCCUGGCUAUGCGUCUACGUCGUCCUGGCUCCCGCUAUCAUCAUCGCAAUAUACACAAUGGUCAUCGACGGCCUCUUCUCCCACCAGACGACCAUGCCCGCGCGCGGGCCUGGUAUCAAGCGCCUCUCAGGAAGAUACAGGUUCAAGGACCGCUUGUGGGAGCUCAACUGUGGCAUACUGGGCCUUGGCUUGAGCAUUGGCGCUGCUUUCACCAUCACAGGCGCCUUGAAGAAUGCCAUUGGCAAGCCGCGACCGGAUCUCAUCAGCCGCUGCAUUGUAGACGAAUCCAAGAUCGCCCCAGGCAAAUACGUACUCCAGACCAUCGACAUCUGCACGCAGACCGACAACUACAUUCUACAGGAUGGCUUCAAGAGCUUUCCCUCUGGCCACAGCAGUGUCUCCUUCGCUGGUCUCUUCUACCUUUCCAUCUACCUCGCCGGAAAGCUGCAUGUUCUAGAUGCAAAGGGCGAGGUCUGGAGGACUUUCUUCGUCAUGGUUCCUGCCCUCGGCGCUGCUCUGAUCACAGGCACACGUAUCAUGGAUGCCCGUCAUCACCCAUUCGACGUCCUGUCUGGCGCUCUACUCGGCAUACUUGUAGCCUGGGGCUCCUACCGCCAAUAUUUCCCUCCCGUCUCCGAGACGUGGCGCAAAGGACGCGCAUAUCCCAUCCGAGCCUGGGGCAAGGCAUCACGCGCACCGCCACAACCCACAAUAAUGAUCGACGAGGACGUGCAACCGCUGCAGCGCAUGGACAAGCCAGUGGAUGUGGAGCGCGGAGAAGCGUCUGGCUAUUCCUCUACGACUGCUGUGCCCGAAGGUAGCGGCGAACCGACAGGCAACGUCUUCCGCCAACAAAUUCAUAACUCGCAACGCAGACGCCAGGAAUCAGGAUCGCAGUAUGGCGUAGAUCGAAGCGACACAUUAGCAUCGAGCAACUACCGAACUGGCACAAUGGGAUCUACCAUGACCUCGAAAGUGCACACGUACCAGAACCAGUUGCCAGCCACAAAUCCCUUUGCAGCGGAUGUCGCGCGCCAACGUCGAAUGGACACUUACGACUAUUCGUCUUCGGAAGACGACGACAACUACGAGUUGCAAUCGAGAGGCGCUGGUGUUUACAAUCCAGUAAAUGGGAGGUUGACGGAUACGGGAUACCACCCACCAGCGGGUAUCUCGCCCGCACCUACACCUCCACCUCCAGUCAAUACCGUCCUCCAAAACCAGCAGACUAUGAUGUCACCAACGGGGGAUCUGGCUGAUAGGAGGGAGGUCCCGCCAAUGCCUCCACCACACGCUGUAGGUACUACACCUCAGCAGAUAUGAACUGAGAAGGAAAACGCCGUUUUGUGAUAUCAAUGUUGAAAAUGUUCUUCCCCAAAAGCAUGCAACUGAGCAUAGAUUAGCAUGUUUGUGUAUUGAAUAUACGUGUAAUCAUCAACCAAGCACAGUCAUGGAGUCGCAAGUCAAAUGUGUAUUAAAACAACUAAAAAUCCAAGAACGGCCAACAGCCCGGGGAAAUAGAGAUUGGUCUAUCCCCUGCGUCUUGUGCUAGGACUCUUGCCCGCCUUUUCCGCAUACGAUGGUGCAGAUCCGCUCGAG